CAGGAAGCCAUUGAGCAGACACACUGGAAUGAGUGAUCUGGAAAGAACAGCAUAAGAAAACAGAGUAGAAAACUGCAUAAGUGAAUAUAAAGCUCAAAUUCUGCAGUGUUACUCACUGUGAGUUUGAAACUGUGGCAGAUCUCCUAUAUGUUAAUAAGAUUGAUGGGCUAAAGAAGCAUGGCGUACUUUUGGAAAAUGCCUUUGACGCAAGAUGAGUUACAAGAAGGACAAUCUGAAGAACAAGCAUCUUACUCAAUGUAUCAUUUUAAUCCUGAUAGCCAAGUCAGUCUAGGACUUGAUCAAAUAGUUGGUGAAGGCAGCUGUGAAAUACCCUUUUAUGGUCCAGCAUAUUCACGUGACCUUGAAGAAAAUGAGUUUUUCUUGGAUGCAGCAGAAGGACAUUUAUAUGGAGUAAAUCCGCCUCAAAUUCCUCAUAGGGAUCUUUACUUUGGAAGCCCCACCUCUCACUGGCAGCAAGUCAGGGUGCCACCAACAAUUGGCUUCAGACCUUCUUUGCUAUCAGGAUGUAGUGACCUCUCAGUUGAGAAUUCCUACCCCACAUACCCCAUUGGAACACUUUAUGACUAUUGUCCACAUGGAAGAAAUAACUUGAGUCCAACUGCAGAUGAAUUUGGGUCAGAUGUGGAGAAAGAGGAUAAAAAUCUGAAUUUCUAUAUAGGCUUUGAACAUAUAGACUACCAAUAUCCCGUUUUCUCAGACGACAAUGCAAGCGGACAAGGAAUGAAAGCUAAAAGGAGAAAUGACAGUAAAUCUUUCCUUGUGAGCUCUGGGGAAACAUACUUAACAAACCUACCUAGAGAAUUGACCACAGGAUCUGUCUGGACUGGCAUGAGCUCUGCAGACAGCACAGAGCUUGCAGGUUGGUCUAUCCAGCUGGUUGAAGUGGAUCAAGGGAGUAAUGAAAGUAUUGCCUCCUUUUGCAAUGGAGUGAAGAAAAUCAGAGACGCAUAUCCUGCUUUUGAUUUGACAACAAAUACUGGGAAGAUUUGGAGUGUGACAACAUCAUUAUCAGAUGAGAUCCUUUGUAAAUCAAAAUUCAAAGUUAGCAUUUUGACAAACUGUUCAUCUCCUCCACUGCAUCUUACACCAUGUGCUAGCUGUAUUGUCCGUGACUUAGUUGUAGAGAUCCUCCAUUGCACAAAUCAAUAUCCAGCCCAGGAAGAGUGUUUUCUAAGUGUUUAUGGGUCUGAUGAAUUUUUGCAAACCAAUCAUGCUUUGGGCAGUCAUGAUAGUCUUCGCAAGGCAACCACCUCCAUUCAGCUUCGUCUACAGAAAGGCACCAGCUAUCAGCAAAGUUUGGCUCGAACGCUUGAAGAUGACCAAAGUCAGUUUAAUGUUAACCAGCUGCUACAAUAUACAUAUAUUUGGAAGGUGUCCAGGAAGAACCUUGUUACAUUUAUUAUGAAAUAUGGAGGUCAAGUGGAAUAUCUACUGCAAAAUGAGCAUAAAGUGGAUAAAGUGAUUGAAGAAGCUAAAGCAAUCUGCAGCGUUCUCUGUUCUGUGGAAACCAGGGCUAUUACUGAUGCAGUCAAGAAACUCCGUUCAGUGCCACUGGGAAAAACACAGAAUUCACUUCAAAACGUAGAAACUCCAGUCAGAGUCUUGAUAGAGAAUGCUGUGACAGAGCUGUCUGCAGCCAUCUCCCAUCUCAUCCAAGUUUUCAGCAGCAGCUUUCAGACAGAUUUUCAGCCUGCAAAAAUACUUAGAAGCCCUUCAUGUGAAGAUGUCGUCCUAGAUCCCCACUUUAGCUUCACUGUUUAUGCAGCCCACAACAUCCCAGCAGCCUGGCUGAAAAGCUACAAGCUCUUCUCUUUUUCCUGUUCUUUAACUUAUGGUGGGAAGAAAAUAUGUCAAGUGAAGAACUGCAAAAAUAUACCAGUUAAAAGGUCUUUUUUUUUCCUGGCAAACUGGAAUGAGAAAAUCAACUUUCCUGUACAAAUAAAAUCUCUUCCUAAUGAAACAAUAUUGACAAUAAAACUAUUUGGAGAAAAUAGUGUGUCUAAAAAUACAGAAAUACUGGCUUGGACAUGUUCCCCCUUGUAUCAAAAACAAAUCAUCCCAUCGUGCUAUACUACCUGCCCUUCCUGCUAUUUGCAUUAUUAUUCUAUGCAAAAAGAAAUGCCCAGUUAUUGCCAUCCUGUCUCCAGACUUGGUUCUAGAGACCUGCAAUCCGUAAAGUUCAUUCAUGGAACCGUGCUGCUUAGCAUGACAUUAUACUGUGAGCCUCCAACAACCAUGAUAGCUCCGGGCAUUUGUGACACUAGUCUGCCAGCUCUAGUGACACUGCAGGUUGACUUUCCAGAUACUAAUUUGGAGUUUAUUAAACCUGACCCUGAAGAGAAAAGAGAUGACCUUGAAGAGCCAGCUAAAGAGUGCUUGAAGCAUAUAGCAAGACUUUCACAGAAACAUUCUCUCUUGCUGUUGUUGGAGCAAGAGAGAAGAUUUUUAUGGUUUUAUCGUUCCUACUGCAAUAAUGAAAACUGUUCCCUUUCUUUGGUACUGGGCAGUGCCCCCAGUUGGGAUCGAAAGAGCAUAUCAGAAAUUUACAAAGUGUUGAGGGAAUGGAGCUUUUCUAACCCUUUGGAGGCACUUGGGCUUCUGACUUUCAGUUUUCCAGAUCAAGACAUUCGCAGAACUGCAGUCCAACAAAUGGAAAAUCUGUCAAAUGAUGAAUUGUUAGAAUACCUUCCACAGUUGGUUCAGGUGAUCAAGUUUGAGUGGAGUCUUGAAAGCCCUCUUGUGAAACUUCUGCUAUGUCGCUCUCUGCAGAGCAUCCAAGUAACUCAUCGACUUUACUGGCUGUUAAAGGAUGCACAGAAUGAAGCUCAUUUUAAAAGCUGGUAUCAGAAACUACUAGCUGCUGUCCAGUUCUGCACAGGAAAAACCUUAAAUGAUGAGUUUUCUAAGGAGAGGAAACUUAUCAAAAUUCUGGGAGAUGUCGCUGAAAAAGUCAAGGCUGCCAGUGAUCCCAAAAAACAGGAGGUACUAAAGAUGGAAAUCAACAAACUUAAGCAGUUCUUCCAGGAGGUAAAUGUUUGCCGGCUUCCCCUGAAUCCUGCACUUGUUGUACGAGGCAUAGAUGCAGAUGCAUGUUCAUAUUUCACAUCCAAUGCUUUUCCAUUGAAAAUCUCCUUCACCAAUACAGAGACACUGAGUAGAAACAUCAAUGUUAUUUUUAAGAUGGGAGAUGAUCUACGUCAGGAUAUGCUGGUUCUGCAGAUUAUUCGUGUGAUGGACAGAAUUUGGAUUCAGGAGGGACUCGAUAUGCAAAUGAUCAUUUAUAAGUGUUUAUCUACAGGAAAAGGCCAAGGACUAGUACAGAUGGUGUCAGAUGCUACAACUCUAGCCAAGAUCCACAGGGAGUCUGGACUGAUAGGACCACUGAAGGAAAACACAAUUAAAAAAUGGUUCAGUCAUCAUCAUCCUUUGGAAUCAAGUUACCAAGAGGCAAUAAAGAAUUUCUUUCAUUCCUGUGCUGGCUGGUGCGUUGUUACCUUCAUUCUGGGAGUCUGUGACCGACACAAUGACAACAUCAUGCUGACAAACACUGGCCGCAUGUUCCAUAUAGAUUUUGGAAAGAUUUUAGGUCAUGCACAAAAAUUUGGAAGCAUAAAAAGGGACCGAGCACCUUUUAUCUUCACUUCAGAGAUGGAGUAUUUCAUCACAGAAGGUGGAAAAAACCCACAGCGUUUCCAAGAGUUUGUGGAACUUUGCUGUCGAGCUUAUAAUAUAGUCAGGAAACACAGCCAAUUGCUCUUGAACCUGCUGGAGAUGAUGCUGCAUGCAGGAUUGCCUGAGCUGAACAGCGUCCAGGAUUUGAAGUAUGUGUAUGAUAACCUUCGUCCACAGGACUCAGACCUCCAAGCCACAAGCCACUUUACCAGGAAAAUAAAGGAAAGUUUAGAGUGCUUCCCUGUCAAACUCAACAACCUAAUCCAUACACUCGCACAAAUGUUAGCCACGGGCUUUGCCAAGCCUACAGAUUCACAGAGUGUUCCUCAAGAAUCCAACAUGCUGGAUGCAGAGAGGUCAAUUGCCCGAGCAACCAUUUUAGGGUUCAGCAAAAAGCCUGACUCUCUAUAUCUAGUCCAGGUGGUGCAAACCUGCCAGGUGGUCACCUUUGUGGAAAAAUCAUUCGAACAAUUUUCAAAACUUCACAGCCAUCUACAGAAGCAAUUUCCAUCACAUACCCUCCCAGAGUUUCCCCACUGGUGGCAUUUACCUUUUACGGAUCUUGAACACAAAAGAAUGAAAGACUUAAAUCUCUAUGUGAAGCAGUUGUUGAAUGGAUCCAGCAACCUGUCUAAUAAUGAGCAUGUCCUCAGCUUUUUCCUCGAUGGGUCCAAAACUGACUGGCUAGAAGAAUCUGCACUUGUUAGCCUAGGUCCUAAAUCUACUGAACAGAAACCUGGAGUGCAGUUAGUCAUAUCCUAUGAGAGCACCCACCUGACAAUAUUGUUGAAACAUAUGAGGAAUAUUCAUCUCCCAGAUGGCUCUGCCCCAACUGCACAUGCUGAAUUUUAUCUUUUACCAGAUCCUGAUGAAGUCAGCAGAAGGAAAACAAAAGCCGUUCCAAAAAGCACUGACCCUACUUAUAAUGAAAUUGUAGUAUACGAUGCAGUGACCGAGCUCCAAGGACGUGUGUUACAGCUUAUUGUGAAAAGCAAAGGAACAUUUGUGGGAGCUAUCAACAUUCAACUGAACAGUGUCCCAUUAAAUGAAGAAAAGUGGUACCCAUUGGGGAACAGUAUAAUUUGAACAUUUCCUUAGAUAACUGAAAUAUUCAUUUAUUAAUAUUUCUUUUUCCCUUUUCUCAUAGGCCAUUUUGGCACAUUAGCUGAAAUAUUUGCCUUUGAGAAUAUAACAUGCAGUAAACCGCUAAUCAUAUAUACAUUGAACUACUGAUCACAAGGAAAUUAUCUCUUUUUCAUGAUCCGUUGCCAUUUAGCUAUCUUCAUAGGAUUACUACCUUUACUUGCAACAAGUUCCCAUUAGCCUGGGUGUAAAAAGGCUUGCAGCCUGCAAUUUCAGUUAUCUUGGAUAACAUUUCUUAUGACAACAAGCAAGAUUUUUGUUCCUGCUGAUCACUAUUAUUUGUAUACGGCUAGAUGUGUUUUAUGUAUCCCUAAACCUGUGAUGCUGGAGCCUUAUCCAAAGCCCAUUUAAGUCAAUCGUAGUUUCCCAAUGACUUAAAUGGGCUUUGGAUCAGACCAAUAAUGAGCUUAUUGGGCUGAAUUCACUCUACUUGAUGUCUGUGUAGUUAUAUUAGUUUUAAAUAUGCCCCGGUUAGUAUGAUCGCAUGUUCACCUGAUUGAUAGCCAGUUUGUAUUUAAAACUGCUAGCACAUUUCACAUUUAAUUCUUGCUCAUUUCACAUUUAAAAUGUAAUUAUAUGUGCAGAAUUUAAAAUCUGAACAUUUAAAAGAAUUUAAAACUAUACUGUCCUUUAGUUAUAGUGUAUACCAUAUAUUUUUAAGUUUUAACUUGCUGAUGUAACGUGACUUUGUAACUUUAAGAUCUGGGGCAAGAUGUUUCAUCUCACUGGGUUUAUUCUGGAAAAAUAUUUGGAAAUAAAUAAAUUCUGGAAAAAUAUUUGAUAAUAGACAAAUGUUAUAAGUUAGAGUUUGACAAAUGUUUAAAUCCAGUGCUCCACAUAGACUUUUAAACAUUUCCAAAAAUCAGAUGUAAAUGACUAAUAUAUUUGAACCAUGAGAUAGUAAGUAAAGGAAAUAUACAAUAAAUAGUUAUUCUGCUAAAAGGUUAAAUUAAGUAAAAUCAUAUUAUAAGACAUCUUUGUUCAUUAGUGUUACCCCCAUUGCAUGUUUAUGAUACAUCAGGGAACGAGACAAUACAUACACAGCCUCCAAUCUUAUAAAGCCUUAUACACAUGCUUAACUUCAUGUACAUGAGUCAUCCCAUUGAGUUCAGUGGGACUGGUUCAUGAGCUCAGUCCUUGAAGGUGCUUUUGCCCAAUCCAGUGAAACACUUAAGCACACGUUAAUUCCCAUUAGACUCACUGAAUUCCAUUAACAUCAGUUGCACACAUGAGCCCCAUAUGCAUAAAGUUAGGCACUUACACACUGGUAUGUCUUUCCAGAGGCAGGGUCACAGGCUAGCAAAAAAAAGUAUUGAUUCAUGAUGUAAACAUUAAUAUUAUAACCUGUAUUUAGCUAGAGUUGAGAUUUCUCCUGCAAGUUGAAAAAGUGGCCGACAGUGGGAUAUACUGCCCAGAGCUGUAGGGGAUUCCUUUUUUCCACCCAAAGGAUAAUAGUUUUAAGACACACAAAUCAGGCUUAAGCAGCUUAUGAUAUAUAAACCUGUUGAAGUUGCAGUAUGAGUGUCAUUUAAGAAUAUCAUGAAUCCAAAUAAACCGGCAUUCUUCUCAUAUGCAAACAGAUUGGUUAUGUCAUCUCUUGGAACGGAGCCACCAUAUUGCCUGGGGAAAUUAAACUUGUCAGUAAGGAGAGAGAACCUGCUUGAGUAAAAACAUGAACAUGCCUCCUCAGUGCUGAAGAAAAAACAUAAAAUAUUUACCAUAUGAAAAAGAUAUUGUCUAUGAUCCAAAUAUAAACAGUGCAAGGAUCAACAAGGCCAAAAUUUUAGAUUAUAGGUAUUCUAAGAUAAAGAAGCAAGUGACUUACCUCUCAAAAAAUGCAGAAGACAGAUCAUAUCCAGAUCUGAGUUAUCAAAUUACCUGACCCUAAAGUUCAGUAUUGAUUUCAGAUUCUUCUCAGUUUACUGUCUUGUUUUCUUUAGCUUGCUUUUAAUGUAAAUAUAUGUUGCCAAUUUUCCAAUAGUGUUAUAUUCAAAUCUUUGCCUGUGGUAUGUGUACAGGAGAGUAUAAUUUUCCAUAUUAGAGAGAGACACAUUUUGUGUAUGGGGAUAUAUUAAUAAAAUAACGUUUAAAAUGACAAUAAAAAUAAAAUCUAACUAUGAAGAUAA